GUAUACAAAUGGCGGACAAGAAGAAACCGAACUCCGCCGAUGAUCGUCCACAAGAGACUGACAGACAGUUUUUGGAGAGAUCUAACAUAGGAAAUCUGAUGAAGGAUGUCCUUGGUAAAAUUGUCAGUAACAGGCCAUCAGACCCCAUUUCUUUCCUGGCAGAUUAUUUUGACUCAUUAGAAGACCAAUCAAACUUGGUGCUAAAAGCUCGCAAUAUGAUUGAGAUGACACAUCAUAGUCGACCAGUGUUUGAGAUGAAUGUACGACAAGCUUAUGAUAUUCUGCUCAAACAAAAAGAUUAUAGAAGGAGACAUCCAGAUUUAUUAUUUAUGGAGGAGGAGAUUGGUAAAAGACUGUAUGGUCUUAACGGGACUUCAUAUACAGAUCUCAUUAAGACACUCUGCAGAGACAUCCCCCAGCCUGUAACGACCAAACUUCUGAAGAAGAUCGAGUGUCUGGAUUAUGAAGCUGUUCGAUAUGAUGUGUUUAAGUCAGGGGUCUUUACUUGCUGUGUGUUACAAGACUAUGUGAAGUUAAGCGAGAUGCUAUUUAAGUCUUUGGACUUUCAAAAUUCAGGCAAAGUGGACAAAAUGCUAGCAGAAAUUGUUAAUGAACAAUUAAAGGCAGCCUUAGCUAAUACUCGAAUGGAUGCUCGCAAAAUUGUAGAGGCCGGCUAUAACUUGGGCCCUGAUGGUCUUUUUUAUGCUCUAGAGAGGGGAAUGAGAAGUAAGAGUCAUCAGGGAGGUCAAACAUUAGAACAGUUUACAAUAGAAAUAUGUGAUGCUUUCCUAUCAAAGGUGAAGAGACUUAGAUAACUAACAGCUGACAUAAAACAUAAUCCAUGUCUAGUUUAUACAAAUGUUUAUUGCCAUUAUGUAUGAGCAGUAGAACCCCAUUCGUUUUCACAAGAGGAUGCUGACAAAACUCCUUUGAAACUGCCAGACACUGCAGCUCAGGAAUGAACACAAAAAAGUGCUGUUUUGAGUCCUAAUCAUGACUUUCAAAGAUUGUCAAAAAUGUUGUGAUAUCUUAAAUUAUUGUAAUUAGAAUCUCCAGGAGUUUUUUCCAAUUAUUGUAAACGUACUUAUUUUAGCAGUAAUCAUAUCUUAGCACCUUGUCUGGUUAUUCAAGUACACACUAAUAUAAUGAUUUAAACAAAUACACGAAGAACCCUGGCUCUAAAUACGCUAAUUCAUGAUUGCUGUAAUCAACUGAUAAG